UGAUACGAAACACGUUCCCAUAUGUAAACUGGAAAACUAGGUGUUUAGGCCGUUAAACUGUUGCUGUGGUAACUAAAUUUGUGGCUUAGUUAAUCGCUGGUAUACUAACUCUCAAUUCCUUAAUCAACGCAGUUGAAAUAUGUCAUUCUGGACGUAAAUACAUAGUUGCCGAAAUGAACUUGACUGUUAUGAAUUUAAGCCGUCUUCGUGAUUUGUCCUCGAAUUUAGGAUGGAAAAACGAUGAUAAUACUUACGUGAUUGGACAUGAUUGUUUAAAUGCUUUAAAGAGUCUGGAAGAUGAACUAUUAAACGAAGAUGUUCUCAACCGAAAUGUUCGACUUGGUCUACAUAUUUGCAACACUGUCAAAGAAGAUUUGAUUCCUAUUCUGACAAAUGGAAAAGAUGCGAAGGUUCUCUCUACUGCAACCAGAGUCCUUGUGAACCUGAGUUUGCCAGUAGAGUGUCUUUUACCCAGAGAAGAUAUUCUAACACCAAGAAUCCGGAAUGUACAAAAGCAACUUGUGUUAUCUUCUUUGGCAAUAAAGAAAUCAUUUCUAGAUGCUGCUGCGACUUUAUCUCUUGUCAGUAUGUUAAGGGAAUCCAUGAUUAAAUCAGAGAAACAUAUGAUACCUUUAAAAGAUGAGGACUGCAAUCAUUUAAAAAACUGUUUGAAUCUUAUGCGAAAUCUUUUGCAUUUAUCAGAAGACACUACAUCUUAUGAGAAAGGCCUGACACAAAUACAUUCUGAAUUCCUGGCUACUCAGAGCAAAUUUAUUUGGAACUUAUUUGUUCAAGGAGUAGAUGGUGCACUUUUACUGAUGCUCAACAGUAAAUAUAGAGCUUACUGGACAGCUCCUUUAGCUCACAUAAUUGCUCUACUAUAUAGAGGCCAAAGUAUAUCAAAAGUUCAUCUGGCACUAGAAUUAGUAUCUUCAGCUUCAGAGAGCUCUGGUGAUGAAGAAAGUGAUGGUUCAAAGAAUUCAUCCUCAUCAUUAAGCAGUGAACCUUCAAAAAGUAAUGGAUUAAGUGAUUCAGGAUGUCCUUCAAAUUCUGAUGUAUCUGUUAUAUUUUCUGAUGAACGAAAAGACUGUCUUGAAGAAUCCAAAAAAUGUGGUAGUUUAGAUAUUCAUACUGAGCUUGAAAAAGUGCAAAUCUGUGAUGAUGAUCCAAAAUUUAACAUUCAAGUGAAACGAAUAAAUAGUUCAAAAAAUGGUGAGUGUAAAAUGAAAGUCUCUUCUUAUCGGGAUAAUGAUUCUGAAAGUUCAAGUUCAUCUGAAUCACCUCAUCAUAAAAAAAUUAAAGGGAGUAACAGUUCAUCUGAUGGGAUGAAGUUGAAGGAAUCUUCGGAGGGUCCUUCAAAAUAUGAUUCCGCUCUGUGUGAAAGUAUGGAUCAUAGUUCACCUGACAUCACGGAAAGUAAAUCCUCUGAUGAUGAUCUUUUUGAAGACAAAAAAUCAAAAAAUCUAAAAGCUGUACAUAAACUGAGAUGCUUGCAGAUCCAUUCAAAAAUAUUAGAAAGUGAUUCAAGCAAUGAGGAUGUGCAAGAUGUAAAAGUAAAAUAUCGUAGCCAUCCACCUGCUGGUCGAAGAGGUAAGAGUCCUAGGAGAAAUAAUGGUUGUAUUCCAUCAGUAUGUAUGGAUUCUGCCUUUGCUGUAUCAUGUGUUAGAGGAAGAAUGAGGUAUCCUUUGUGGGAAAAAAGAAAUAGUUUUUCUGCUUUAGUGGAUGCCUCUUGUCCAACUCCAACAGAUGAUGAUAUCGGAAACCUCUUAAAGGAAUUUACCUUAAGUUUUAUGCAUAGUGGUUUUUCCAAGUUAGUUUUGGAGAUAAAGGAUUUACUUCUUCAAGGGCCAUCUGCUGUCAUUGACAGAUCACUUUUUUUCUGGCUUUUGAGUUACUUCUUACAUCUGGCAGCCUCAGUGAAUAUUAGUUUAGAUCAUAUAAGUGCUAUCCUUAGCGUUGAAGUUAUUUCCUUCUUGGUGUAUGAAUGCGUCACUGCUUGUGAAAAUAUGGAGUUACAUUGUAAUGCUACUGAAAAAAUCUGCAAGUAUUAUUCAGUUCAAUUGGAUUUACUUGUAAAUGCAUUGAAAGAAAUACUGAAUACUGUUGAUUUGUACACUCGAAAACCUAGUUCGCAGAAAGAUAAAUCACAUUUUACGGAACUUUGCAGCAAAUUAGCUGAGCUUCAGGAUCUCAGACUUACUCCUCUCCUUCUGUUUCAAAGUGCAAGAAAUAGUAGUAGAAGAUGUAUGGAGGAUAUUGUUAUUCUUAAUCACCAGAUAUUGACAAUUGUAGAAAGAGGAUCAGAAAAUUGUAUGGCACUCAAGAAGAUGAACAUUGUGACGCAUUUAAAGCAAUUUUCUACGAGAAACGUUAUGAACUGCUAUGGAAAUCUGCUUGAAAAUUUCAAGACUAAUAGCCACUUUUUGAAUGAAUGUGUGUUCACAAUGAUGCACCAUAUAGCUGGAGAUGUUCAUUCAUCACAGUUACUUAUUGAACCAUCAGUUCUGAAAACUUUUUCCAGCAUUCUAAAAGAAGAUAUGGAGCUUGAACAAUAUCAAGAGGAUUUGAUUAUGUAUAUUUUGAACAAGUUCAGUAUGCAAGUCAAAAGGGAGAGCUUAAGAGUGAGAAAAGCUGAGAAAGUUGAUGAAAGUGACUCAAGUGAUGACUCAUCAAGCAAUAGCUCUGUUAGCAGUAAUUGUUUACUCUCUGAAGAUGAUGAUGACUUAUUUUGGUGGUAUCUGCAAUUUGAACAAGAUAAAGAUCCAAUCUCCAGAAUUUCUGAACAUAUUUCAACAUCCAAACGAGAUAUCCUUUCAAAAUUGCAAUUAAAGGGUAUAAUAUCUCCUGAGAAAUACCAGCAAUUAGAGGCACAAAUGAAGACUGGUCAGGAGCCUUGUUUGGAACUACUCCCAAAUGACAAUUUAGCUCAUAUGACUAAUUUUGAUGAUGAUAUCACACACCUGAUGCGUACUAUAGUUCAGGCUGGUGAACGACAGCAUCUGACUUGGUUACAAGAUGUUUUGCUUGAAACAUGUUAUGUCAAAUUAGGCUUGAAUACAUAUUUGCCUGAGCCUGUACCAUUGUAUUCCAUUAGAAUGAUGAUGUCAAUUCCAUUAGUACCAUACACUGAAGAACAAAGGUUGAUUCUUCGCGAUGAAGUAUUUUUGCAAUUGCUGCAAAAGUUAGGUUUGCACCUUGGUUUAGGUGAUAGUCAAAUGUAUCCUAGAGUACCAUUAUUUUGGAAGGCUGAUGUACUUUUUGCUAUUGCUGCCCGCCUUGGACCUAUGAGAAAAGAUAAGCUGAAAUUUACGUAUGAAGAACUUAUGCUGGCUGAUCCAAAUCAUGACCCUAUUCUUAGAAAUACUUUAUGUCCUCCUCUUCCUCCAUUAUCUUCAUGUUGCACUUUGAGCUCCUGGUUAACAGCUGUACAGCAGAGUAAGGAAUACUACAGAACUUCUAAUAUAAACAAAACAGCUUUUUAGUAUAAGAAAAAGUUUUUAAUUUUUAAAUGCCUGCAUCUCUUUAUAUCUCCAAGGAACUUUAUAUUUAUAAUAUAAAAUUUAAUCAUCUGAGUAUCAUAUUUCUGUGGAGCAUUUUCUGCCACGAAUGUUGGAUGUCAAGUAAUGUAAGUCACUGAUUAACGCUUUUUUUGUUUAUCAGUGAAAUUUGUAGGUUCUUUUGCUUUUUUUUUAAUGUUUUCAUAUUCAUCAUUCUUUUUAGGCAUGGUGUGAUCUUUUGCCAUUUCCAUAAGUGCUCAACUUUAAAUGGUUGUUUUUUAAAUAUAUAUAUGCAGUAUUUAACAUGGAUGAUAUUUCUACAGCUGGAAGAUGUAACAUAUUUGGCUUCAACUGGAUAUUAGUUUUGUAUAACAAAAAUAAAUUAAAAAAAUUAAGUAAAUCUUUUAGAAUAUAUAAAAGAGAUUUUCAUGCAUUUUUAAUGAUUUUAAGUCAGGUAGAUUAAUAUUUCCCACCUUGAGGUUUUCUAUUUAGUUUUUUUUUUACUGAGUAUUUUUUAUUUUAAUGAAGCUGCAUAUUUUGAGGAAAAUAUACUUGUCAUGAAAUUUAUGUAAGCUUUCGACUUGCUUAACCACUAAAGUAAUUUUACAAAAGAGAUGUUGUACAGUGUUUUUAAAUAAGCAUACAUGUGCAUAAAGUUUCAAUUAACUAAUCAGAAGACUAUAAUAACUAAUUAAUAAUAUAUUGACUAUAACAAUAUUGUAAUGGUUUGACUUUCUCAUUUUUGACCAUACCUUAAUUAUUUCUGAAACCAUUAGAAUAUAUUUCAAUUACAUCAUGACUUUUAAAUACAAAAGUACAUCUAUUACAUAACUAUGUAAUAUACAGUUGCCCUUCAGACUGAAAACUAUUAUUAGACUGAAUAAAUUGGUUGAUACUGUAAACAUCAAGGAUUAUGCUUAAUAGAUUUUGUUAGUUAUAACAAAGAAACAUUUUUCCAUCUAUAUGUUGUAUUGUGUUAAACUGCAUUGUAUUGAUAAAAAUUUUCAGUAACUGUAUAAGAUCACUAAACUGUCUGUUGAUCAUGAAAAUUUGUUAACUGCUCACUUAAAUAAGCAGCAAUGUUAUAUAAUUACUUGGCAAAAUCAGCAUAACAGGAGGGUAUUUUUUAUGUACAAAUAUUUCUUUCUUCCUGUUUUAUUUUAAAUAUGUAUAUAUAGUCUAUAUGGAUAUAUUUUAUUGUUUUAGGAAAAGUUUUUCUGUUAUAUUUUGAAUCGAAUGUUAUGAGUUUAUCCUUUAAUGUUCAUGUCAGCAUUUAGCUUCAAACUGUAAACUUGUGUGUAAUGCAUUGUAAUGUAAUUUGUAUGUUAAUUCAUGAAAAAUGUCAUUUCAUUGUAAAGUUAAAAUUUUAAUUUUUAAAUGUGUAAAAUUUGAAGCAAAUAUCUUGCUAAACAUUUAAUGAGCAUUACAUUUUUUACUGUAAUUCUGGUACAUAUGUUAUAUUAAUGUAUAAUACUAGGAAUUUCCCUACUUUGCUUGUUAAAUCUAUUAAAUGAUUGUGGAGUUGUGUCUAUUUUUCUUUACAGAAAUAUGUUUUAGUAUGCUUGGUAAUUUAUGGUGUUAUAUUUCAAUGUUACGUGUAUGUUAAUGAUAUAGAGUUCAAAUAAUCAAUUUCAUUUGAUUAGUGCUAUUUUCAAGCACAUGUUUUUGUGUUUAUAAAAAAUUCGUUUUGUAUGAAGUUUAAUUGUUAUGUUUCAGUGGAAGGUUGUGAAAGGAUAGAAUUAUUUUCUGGUUUUAAUGUUAUUCAAUAAUAUUUUUACUCAUGCUACAACUAAGAUUUAUGUGGGUUAGUAUUACAGGGUAAUUUUUAAUCCUUAUCUCUUUUUUUUAUUAUGGGCAUGUGAUAAAUUUUAUUUUUAAUUUGCUAUUUUGUGAUGUGUAUGCAAAGAUUUUUAUUCAAUGUAUCAUUCAUAAUGCUAAAAUAUUUGUAUUGAUGAAUUUUACUUCUAUUUUCCCUAAUAAUCACCCUCCAUAACCACAGUUAUGUGAUGUGUACAGUUGUGUGUGUAAUCACAUUACCUUUAAUUGUAUAUAUGUAUGUGUGUACAUAUACACAAGCAGAUGCAAACUAUAUAUAUGGUGGGAUGUUGUGUUUAGUGAAAUAGAAAUGUCAUUGAAUAAGAUUUUGAAAAUUCAGGAUCUCAAGAUAAAAUUCUUAUAAUUUUGAAACUCGAUUUUAUUAAGUUUUAAUUACAUUUCCUACAAUAUGCAUUCAUAACACUUUGAAAAUAUUUUGGGAUUUUUUCUUGUAGGAAGAUCAGAUUUGAUCUUCAAGGCUUAUCCACUUUAUCGUGCACAUAUAUGCAUUGCUGAAAAUUAAAAUGAUUAUUUUUUCUGAAUAGGGAGUUAACUUUCAGGGCUAUUUCUGCCUAUUGUUUAAUUAGUAAACGGCAAAAACUUUAAGUGUACCCAAUGUUAUAUUUUUAAAGUGAUUAUUAUAAUAAAAUGUAUCAUAGGAGUGCAUACAAGGGUUUAAGAGCACCUCAAAAUUUUAUAUCUUCUUUUUUACAGUUAUAUAUAUUUAGGAGCACCUUGUCUUUAUGAAUUUAAUUUGUUCCUAACAGUGAUUCAUAAAGCAGAGUGUAGUUGUAGAGUUUGACUAUUAAUAAACACUUUAAUGAAGUAGCAGUGUUAUGGCAAUCAUUCACUAAUAAGCUAUAUUGUGCACUGCUACAGAAAUCUGGACAAUUUAUUUUUUUUUUAAAUUUAGCUUAAUUUUUUGUGUCCAAAAAUUUAAUUAUCAUUCCAAGGUUUCAUAAAGCUGAGGUUUCCAAAGUGAAGUAUGACAGCAUAUGUGUCAGUUUUUCUUCUUACUAAAUGAAUAAUAUUUUGCUGUUAGUAAAAAUUUUGUUUUUAAUAAAGCUUCUUGUAAUUUAUAAAACAGGAUUUAUUAUUCAUCAUUGAUACUAUGUAAUUGUUUAAUUGCAUGCAAAAUAUUAUCCUGUUUAGCAGUGUUUGACUAAAUUUAACUUCGACCUGCCCUUAUAUCAAUGUACAAACUUGUUAGAAUUGAUUGUUUUGCAUAUGUGAACUGUAUAUUUUUUGUAAUAAAAAUUUGUUUUUUUUUUG